AUGUCAAAUAUUGAAGAGAUCGACACGCGUGUUAAAGCAUACCUAUACGAUAUUGGCUAUCACAAAUGGUCUCGGGUACAUGUUACGGUGAACGGAACGUGGACGAUGACAUCAAACAUUGCAGAGUCAUUGAAUGCGGUAAGAAAAGAUGCAAGAGAGCUGCCCGUAGUAGAACUAUUAGAGUACAUGAGGACUCGUCUUGAAAGUUGGAAUAAUGAAAAGUUAUCGAAAGCAAAGGGUACAUUCACAUACUUUGGAAAAAUAUAUAACAAAGAGUUGGAGGAUAACAGGACAUUAUCGCAGAAGAUGCGAGUAAGCUAUAUCCAUUACUUUGUAGAUGUUGCUGAAAUUUUAUGUGUGUUUGUAAUGAAAAUACUGGUGAGGGCUUCCACAGAACACAUCCAUACAGUGAUAGACGGUGUAAAACGCUUUAUUGUUUGCCUUCAAAACAAGAGAUGUAGUUGUGGACAGUUCCAACUUGACGAACUUCCUUGUCCACAUGCUUUGGCGGCCUUGAGGCACAGGGAUGAGUCUUAUGAAAACUAUUGUUCUCCUUAUUACAUGAGGUAG